UCUCCUACAAAUAACAAAACUAAGCACAAUAGGCCUUUUCGAACGUUAUAAAAUAUAUUCGCAUCGUGGUACCAAUAUACAAUUGUUUUGACAGUAGCACGAUUAUACAUUCCUAAGGGCCGUGUUAUAAACACGCUCGCAAUUACUAGUUUACAAUAAAUUUCUCCUUGUGAUAUUCUUUAAUGAAUUCAUGUUUAAGACAAAUAUGCGUUAUGUAUUCAGAUCAAUGCAGUAGAAAUAUUACACAUAAAGAUUGAGCGGAGAAAUGGAAACCCUGCGAGUGUUGAUUAUAGAGAAACAUAUUUGGUCAGCUGGUAGUCAACCAGUGUGUGUAUAUAAAAAUUGAUUUAUUUAUAAACAAACCAUUUGCUCCUUUGUUACUUUCAGGCGGCCACUUAGUCUAGAUUCAGAUGUGGUUGCUGAAUGAACCAUUGGUCGCCGCAUUAAUAUUUGAGCUUUUUCGAUUGUAGUAUCAUAUUACUUCGCACACAAUACAUCAUCUUAUGACGACCUUCGAGGUAACAUCGGAAUUAUAUGCAGAAACUGAUUUUGCUACAACGAGCACUACGAAUGGAAGCAGCAUAUCUAAAUUUAAAUUUUUCUAUCCCGAUACAUACAAAAGAACACUGCAUAAUGGAAACAGUGCGGAGAGCGACGACAUUAAUGUAUUUAAUGCCACUGGGGAACAAUGCGGAAAGUCAGGGAAUAACUCAGAUAAACAUAUGAGUGAAAAAAAUCACUUGGAAUCUACGACAUUAGAAGAUAAGGAUGGUGAUUUAAUUUUAAAGAGAAGAUCUAGUGGAGUAAUCGAGAUAGAGCACCGUAAGUCCACGAAACUGAAUCUCGUUGGUUUGCAAAUUUGGAGAGGCGCGUUAUUGCUUGCGGACUAUAUUCUACAUAAUGAGAAAAAGUUUAAAAAUAGAAAAAUAUUAGAGUUAGGAUCUGGUGUCGGACUAACAAGCAUAGUAUCCAGUUUUUAUGCUCGUGAUGUUAUUUGCACAGACAUCAAUGUCGGUGGUCUUUUAGAACUCAUAGAAGCCAAUUUAACAAAAAAUAGUGCUCUUAAAAAUCCAAAAUGCAACGUUACUGUCACUGAAUUGGACUUUACAGUGAGGUACGAAAGAUAUUCUGAUGAACUUAAGAAACGGUUACAUGAUGUAGAAUACGUAAUAACUGCUGACGUGAUUUACGAUGAUAAUAUAACGGAAGCCUUUGUACUUACUCUGGAAGAGUUACUCAUAAAUUUACCGAAAUUGAAAGCUGUUUAUAUAGCUUUAGAAAAAAGAUAUGUGUUCACUGUGGAGGAUAUGGAUUCUGUUGCACCAAGCUAUGAGCAUUUUUUGAGAGUAUUUUUCCGAAGAAAUAAUCGGUUGGGAAUCACCAGAUGGAAACUUACACAAGUAUCUCUGGAUUUUCCACGUUAUUUCGAGUAUGAAAAAGUCAAAGAGCUUAUCUUGCUAAAGAUCUCAAAGUAAUGUUUGUUUUCAAUGCUCAAAUACAUUUGGUAAUACACGG